CAACGCUCGUCGCAGUGCUCUCUUAAACAUCAGCAUUCAUAGUCUGUGAUAAUACACUUGCAUCUUCAUUGCCAGUCAAGAUAAUCGAAACGAUACAUCGAUCCUAUACUUAGCUUUCGUCAGAUCCAUCAUGGCACCUCAAAUAGCGUGGAUUGGCCUCGGCAAUAUGGGCAGGGGCAUGUGCAAAAACCUUGUUGAGAAGGGUGAUCUGGGCAGCAAUCCUUUGAUUCUCUAUAACCGUACCAAGGCUCGGGCCGACGAUCUGGCAGCGAAUUUGGGGAACGAUCGGACCAGGGUCGUCGAUUCCGUCCAAGACGUUGUCAAGAGUGCUGAUAUAAUUUUCAUCUGUCUCAGUGACGACGCCACCGUGAAUAAUACAGUCGAUACGAUAUUGGAGAGUCCGGUAUCUGGCAAGUUGAUUGUCGACUGUUCUACCGUGCACCCAGACACCACCAAUGCUCUGGAGAAGCGCAUUGUAGCGAAGGGCGCGGAAUUCGUCGGCAUGCCAGUAUUUGGUGCUCCCGCAAUGGCAAACUCUGGCAACCUCGUUUGCGUGAUUGCAGGUAGCAAGGCUGCAACGUCCAAAGUGAAACCAUAUACAAAGGGCGUGAUGGGUCGCGCAGACAUAGAUUUCUCCAACCAGCCCGCGGGAAAUGCCACCCUGCUCAAAGUAAUUGGCAAUACCUUCAUCCUGAACAUGGUUGAACAGCUUUCCGAAGGGCUCACUUUGGCAGAAAAGACCGGCCUAGGGACAGAUAACUUGCACCAAUGGAUCGAAGCCAUGUUCCCGGGUCCAUAUGCAGCAUACUCGGCGCGUAUGCUCGCCGGAGAUUAUUACAAGAGGGAGGAACCGCUCUUCCAUGUUGAUCUUGCCAAAAAAGAUGCAGGGCAUGCUUUGUCUCUUGCACGGGAGACUGGUACCAGCAUGCCAGCUUUGGUUGUCGCCAAUGAACAUCUUACUAAAGUGAAGGAGCACUUGGGCGACAAAGGAGACAUUCCGAGUAUAUAUGGAGCAGUGAGACAAGAGAGUGGACUGAAAUUUGAGAAUAAAGACUGACGAGAGUACAUGGUGGGAAAGACGAAGUGAAUCUAGUCGCAGUGUGGACUAUGAUCUGUGAAUGCAAUGCUUUACCAUAUUGCCUACUAUGCACCUG